AUGCCGAAUGCUCCUCUCCAAAGCGGUCCCAUUCCAGUUGGUCCCUCUAUGUGGCCUACAAUGACUGCUUUCCUCCCUCAUCACUACCCAUUCCCAGGUGGUUAUAGUGCUGAUGCCCACUCCCAUACCUAUGGAGAUUAUCACUGGCAAACAGGAUUAUCGCAGUUAGCUCCACAAAGCAGUGAGGACCUUACUCCACCCCCUUCAGCAUUCCCCACUGUUGAGCACUGGCUAGACGAACUCGAGAAUGACUCAGAUUUCAAUCCAGAUGGACUGCUCUUCAGUCAAUAG